GACCUGCCGUUGCAUCGCGUGACGACUCGCCCGAUAACCCCAAAGCGUAAGCCUCCCUCACCAUUCCCCUUCGCUUUAACACCCCAAUCGACCUGUAACCAUGCGUGAGUGCAUCUCCAUCCACAUCGGCCAGGCCGGCAUCCAGACCGGUAACGCUUGCUGGGAGCUCUACUGCCUGGAGCACGGCAUCCAGCCCGAUGGGCAGAUGCCCUCGGACAAGACCAUCGGCGGCGGUGAUGACGCCUUCAACACCUUCUUCUCGGAGACUGGUGCGGGCAAGCACGUGCCCCGCGCGGUGUACGUGGACCUGGAGCCCACCGUGUGCGACGAAGUCCGCACCGGAACCUACCGCCAGCUGUACCACCCGGAGCAGAUCAUCUCGGGCAAGGAGGACGCGGCCAACAACUACGCCCGCGGCCACUACACGAUCGGCAAGGAGAUCGUGGACCUGGUGCUCGACCGCAUCCGCAAGCUGGCGGACAACUGCACCGGCCUCCAGGGCUUCUUGGUGUUCCACGCCACCGGCGGCGGGACCGGGUCCGGGCUCGGCUCGCUCCUGCUGGAGCGUCUGUCGGUGGACUACGGCCGCAAGUCGAAGCUUUCCUUCGCCAUCACCCCGGCGCCGCAGGUAGCGACGGCGGUGGUGGAGCCGUACAACUCGGUGCUGUCCACGCACGCCCUCCUGGAGCACACGGACUGCACCUUCUGCCUCGACAACGAGGCACUGUACGACGUGUGCCGCCGCAACCUCGACAUCGAGCGGCCGACGUACACGAACCUGAACCGUCUCGUGGCCCAGGUUAUCUCGUCCCUGACGGCCUCGCUCCGGUUCGACGGCGCCCUUAACGUGGACGUGACCGAGUUCCAGACCAACCUGGUGCCCUACCCCCGCAUCCACUUCAUGCUCACGUCGUACGCGCCCAUCAUCUCGGCGGAGAAGGCCUACCACGAGCAGCUGUCGGUGGCGGAGAUCACCAACUCGGUGUUCGAGCCGGCCGGCAUGAUGACCAAGUGCGACCCCCGCCACGGCAAGUACAUGGCGUGCUGCCUCAUGUACCGCGGAGACGUGGUGCCUAAGGACGUGAACGCCGCGGUGGCCACCAUCAAGACCAAGCGCACCAUCCAGUUCGUGGACUGGUGCCCCACCGGCUUCAAGUGCGGCAUCAACUACCAGCCCCCGACCGUCGUGCCCGGCGGCGACCUCGCCCGCGUGCAGCGUGCCGUGUGCAUGGUGGCCAACACCACCGCCAUCGCCGAGGCUCUGUCGCGCAUCGACCACAAGUUCGACCUCAUGUACGCCAAGCGUGCCUUCGUGCACUGGUACGUGGGUGAGGGCAUGGAGGAGGGAGAGUUCUCCGAGGCUCGUGAGGACCUGGCUGCCCUCGAGAAGGACUACGAAGAGGUCGGCGCCGAGACCGCCGAGGGCGAGGGCGAGGAGGAGGACUUCGGCGAGGAGUACUAGAUUUGAGGAGUUUCGUCGGAGAUCGUCACCGCACUAUUUCCCAUAUCCGGAGAUGAAGUAUCAUCGAUGUACGACCGUGCCGCUAUGUUGAAGGAUCUUGGUUUUUUGCGGAUGCUGGUUGUCGCCGUUUUGCGCUGUGUGGGUCAUUCUGAGUCGUUUCAACUUUGUUUUUGGCUAUGAAUUGUGCCUAGCAGCUUUGCGUAGCUUCGGUGACUUUGUUGCAGCGGGUACUAGUGGGUGUUGCUGGUGUCGUUUUUUUGUUUCUCUGGACUGGCUGCUUGUCGGAGAGGCAGAAAAUAGCAAACGGCAUCGGGGAGGCAAAUACGGUAUUCGUCAUACCGUGAUGUAAAUUUGUCAAUACCAAGAAUGAAAUGAGCUAUAACUAACUCACGAGAUUUUAACUAGCAAAUUCAGGCAUGUGCCAACCCUCUAUAUAGGGCCUGUAAUUUGCAACAGGCUCUCGAGUUUUUUCAAGCGAGCAGACUUUCUUUGCAGGAACCAUGAGGACUGCAAAAGUUGGCACAUACCCUCACACGCGUAGAUGUUGCAUUUCUGUCCCCGAGUUGUUCAAGCACUCCUUUUGAGCACCUGCACGUUGUGUCAACAUCACAGCGCGCAUGGCUCAACCCCAUC